CUGAGAUAUAGAUUGUAGCGGUGGAGCGUUUCAGGCUUUCUGUGCCAUCACACAGGAAAUGAACUCUCAGGCUUCACUCAUCUUCACACACUGCACAUCUGCCUUUCGGUAAUCAAAUUGUGUGAAAGCAGCUGAAAAGCAAAAUAAUUUUCAGCAGAAAGCAAAACGAUGUACAACUUCUCUGAAUGUGAGAAGUUUCAAACAGGCGUGCUGCCUGCAGUGUUUGGAGUCGAGUUCGUCGUGGCUCUGGCCGGAAACCUGUUUGCCCUGUGGCUGCUGGUGGUCAGAGAGAGGGGAAACUGGCACACUGGAGUCGUCCUGUCCUGCAACCUGGCCAUCAGCGACCUGCUGUACGUCCUCACCCUGCCUUUGCUGAUUGUCUACUACUCAGUGGGGAAACACUGGAUGUUUGGUGAUGCUGCAUGCAAAAUUGAGAAGUUUCUUUUCACCUGCAACCUCUAUGUGAGCAUCUUCUUCAUCAUGGCGAUAAGUGUGAACCGGUGCGUCGCCCUCGUUUGUCCCUUUUUUACCCGCUCCCACAUAGAGCCUGCCCACGCCAAAGCCACCAGCGUCAUCAUCUGGAUUAUUGUUGGUGUCAUUUCCUGCCCUGUGUUGAAAUUUGCCUCCAUUUGCCACAUUAAGGACAAUGAUAAGACUCUGUGUGUGUCCUUCUGUGGCCCUGAGAAUGAAAAGCCUCACUUUAUUUACAAAUCAUUUCUUGCUGUGUUUGGGUGUCUUCUUCCCUUCUUGGUUACUUUCACUUCUUACUGUGCAGUGAUUAGGGUAGUGUGGAAAAAUGUCAGUAUAACCUCACUAGAGAAACGUAAAGUUGCCCUGUUAGUCAUAUCAGUGAUUGUGCUGUAUGCCAUUUCCUUCAUUCCUUAUCAUUUCUCUCAGACUUUUCACUUGCACUUGAGAAUUCAGAAACCCCACAACACAAUCUGUUGGAUCUACAACAUGUACCAAGCGUCCAAGGGCCUGGCAAGUCUGAAUAUGUGCAUACAUCCAAUCCUUUAUAUGGCUGUGUUCGACAGUAUAAGAGUAGCUUGUUGUGGGAAGAGCCCAGAGGACAACAUCAGGAGAGGGAGCAGAAAGUAGAGCUGCUGCUUGGUAACCUUUGAGUAAAGUGCAUUCUUAUUACAUGUUCAUAAACUCACGAAGAUUGUUUUUCUACCCAGGAAUUCCUUACAAGGGAAACUUAUUUUCAUUAAUGACAAAUGUCACUGUUUCAUAUUAACUUUGAAAACAUAACCAUAAGUAAUAAAGAUUUCUUCUGAUUGCUUCUGUAAUGUGUAACAGUUUUGAUUAUCUUCUGAUUAACUUCCUUGUUUGACUGGAAUCAGGAUGAAAAUUAGAUUCAAGAAUUAUUAUUCAGUAUCAGGAUCUCCAACCCAUACCAGCAUGUUGGGUUCAUAAUCCCAGGCAUUUUGCUUUAUUUCAGAGAAGACCUGUGUAUUUAUACAAUAUAUGACUGCACAAAAAUACAAAGACAUCUAACAAAAGACAUCAGGAUAAAAGUUAAGUGGA